UUGCCCAGUCCCAGCCACACUAACUUGCCCUUCUUUUCCAUCGCGUUUCCCUAGGAAUUCCAGUGUGCGAAAAACUUUAAGAUGGCCAAGUCCAAGAACCACACAAAUCACAACCAGAACAAGAAGGCCCAUCGCAAUGGCAUCAAGCGCCCGAUGCGCAAGCGCCACGAGUCCACCCUGGGUAUGGAUGUGAAGUUCCUGAUCAACCAGCGUUAUGCCCGCAAGGGAAACCUUUCCCGCGAGGAAUCCGUGAAGCGAUACAACGAGCGCAUCGCUGCCCAGCAGGGCAAGACUAAGCCCGUCACGUUGUAGAUUGCCCCCGAUUUAAGAUCAUUAAAGGACAAAGCAAUUUAACAAA